AUCCUCAUCACUUCAGCCACUUUCAUACUUUGAACAAGCUUAAUAUCCCUACCAACAAACACUCGCUUUCGAAUCCACCAAACUUCAAAAUGCAGUACGCUCUCGCUUUCACCACCCUCGUUGCCGGUGUCAUGGCAGGAUCUGCCUGCCGCCCCUCCGCUCCUACUCCUUCCUCCAACGCCACGGCACCCGCCCAAACCGGCUACUUUGGCGUCGUCUCUGCUCGCAGCGGUUCUCCCAUCCACUUCCAGACCCUCACCGCUCGCAGCGGACAGUUCUACCUAGGUGGACCCGCCCCUACUACCUACUGCCCUACCGAGAUUGGCGCCCAGAACUGCCCUCCCGGUAACACUACCGUCCUCUCUGGCGGCGUCAAUACCCUUGGUCUUGGUGUCCUUGUCCCUGGUGGCCAGCAAGUCUACGUCCAAAAGGACGGCCUUUUGGGAUACACCCAGCCUCACUCUGUCGCCAUGCCCGAGGGUGCCAGCCAAACUGGCUGGAGCCGCGAGGCUCCCUCUGGCAACAACGAGUUUGGCUACCUUCACUACGAAGGCGGCCUCGUUGGAUGCCCGGCUGGUGAGGGCUUCGGAUACCGUGUGUACGCCCAGGUCCCAGACGCCAAGUUUGGCGAUGACUGCCUUGGCUUCGACGCUCUUACUGUUGAGACGGCCAACCCCGGUGCCUGGCAAUACUCCAAAUAGAUUACUCCCUCUCGAGACCUUGAUUGGUUUUCGCAGGUGUAAAUCUAGCGGAUGUAUAUUGCAACAUGAAGCGGGAACGAAUUGGCAUGGAUUGAGAAUACACAUGGGACGUGCCUACUUUGUACAUACAGCCUUCCUCCUUCAUAAUAAGCUAGGAAGAGUAAUAUAAUAGUAAUCCCUCCA